UCCUCUCAUUGUUUACCUUCGUACCUUUGGAAGAAAGAACUCAUGGACGCAGGUAGGAGAAGACCUCCUCAUGCAUUAGGGCAUAUUGGGAGGAACAACGACGUCAUCCGAGUUAUCAAACCGGCUGGGGAUCCAUUGCGACCACUGCACAUACCCUUCCCAAAUGAUCUCCUCCCGAAAUCUAGCAAACAUGUGUACCUAACAGUCUCCGACGGGGUGCAGAGAACAUACAAAAUUGGAUGUAGCCCGAACGUCUUGGGUGAGAUCACACUAGAAGGGGGGUGGGAAAGGUUUUAUCGUGACUACAAGCUUCGUCCCAAUGACAUUCUGCUGUUGAAGCACAAGGGCCUCGAUGACUUUGAUGUGCGUAUCUUUGAAUCACCCGGAGUGGAGAGGUCUUACGUUCCGUCUGGAGGUGAAUCCAGCAAUAGAGGAACCCCCCAGGUUCCAAACACUCCUCCACUACAUCAGCCUCAAACGGGUUGCAUCAAUAUUCCUAGGAGCGCGGCUGCGUCUAAGGUGGCACAGACAUUUCGCUCUGAUCACCCAUUCUUUGUAAUGCACAUCACAAGAAGGCUAUUAUGUGUCCAUUUCCUGCCAAAUGUACCACACUUUGGCCACGACGUUGGUGACAAUGUCAUGGUCACUCUGCGUGCAGGGGAUAUCUCUGUUCAAGUGGCCUAUAGCCGAUACAGGGGCAAGCGAAGAGGCAACUAUGGCACCAUCACAAGAGGCUGGGGGGAAUUCGUGAAGUUGUGCAACAUCAACGAUGAUCAAUUGGCUAUUUUUGAGAUAUCGAGGACUAACCCGGAGGUGGUGCUCUUGGUUCAGUUUAUUGAUUAUGAGUAACUAACCUUAGAAUGAUACAUAUGUUGAUGAUGUUUUUUGGAUUGCAUGAUGUUGUUUUGCAAUCUUUUUUUUUGUCACAUUGGAACAAUGUUUUAUAACUUGCACAUGGCAGUUAGUUACUUAUAAA